AUGUUCUCCAAAAUUGUGAUGAUUACCUUGCUCGCUAUCCUCGCUGUCGCUACACCGACCCCAGUCCCUCAGCAGCUGCAAGGAGUAAACUCAUCAGUCGGCCUUAGCCACAACGAGAAUAAGGCAGAAGGUAUCAGUGACUCUGGAUGUGAUUUAUCACUUGUUUGUUGCGAGAACAACUCUGGUGAAUUACACCUCGUUGUAUGA